AUGCUGCCACAGGAAGUGGCUUUGGCACGCCACCGCUCACUCCACGCCUCGUCUCCUGACCCUGCCAAUGUCGCUCCCUUCUAUGCUACUGGUCCCCCUCCAGAACCACCACAGCCAGCAGUAGAACACCCAUAUGCCAAAGCGGAGAGGAGGCGGAAGCAGGCUGAGCUGCUGCGCAAUGCAAAGGAGAUCCGGAAUGAAAUCAGGGCUGGGAAGAACAAAACACCAUUGAGGAAGCGAUUCUGGAAGGAUGUUCAUGUGAAGGAAGUGGAUGGUGUCUACCAAAUCUACUUGGACGCCCGCCCCCUCCGACACCCAGAAACCAAAGAAAUAGUCAAUAUCCCUCUCACCAAGCCCCUCCUUGCCUACGCCCUCGCCUUGGAAUGGGAUCUCCUCACAUCAGCACAGCAGGCGACAAAACAGCACCUGAUCCCCCUUACAUCCCUAACCUGCCGUGCCCUCGACAUAGCAGCCAAUGAUGCUGUGACCUCAUCUGACAGCACAUUCAGCCCCAUACGCACAAGCAUUACAAACAUGGUCCUCAGGUACCUGGACACUGACUCCCUCCUGUGCUGGGCACCGCCCCCCAGAGAACCACAGGCAGAGGGAGAGGGCAGCCUGCGCGAGCUGCAGGAGCGCACUGCUGGGGCUAUCAUAGGCUACCUGAGCACACAUGUCUGGCCUGGAGUAGAAAUUGAGCCUGUCCUAGAUGAGGGGAGCAUCAUGCCCAGAGGCCAGAAGGAGGGUGUCAGAGAGGUCAUCCAGGGCUGGGUGAUGGGCCUUGAUGCAUGGGAACUUGCUGCUCUGGAGAGAGCUGCAUUGGCUGGCAAAGGGCUGCUUGGUGCUGCGAGGCUGCUCGUGGAGUGGAGCGAGGGCGCUGCUGGACAAGUUGGUCGUGAUGUUGCUGCUGCAGAGGGGCUAGGUGCCAGGAGGAAGUUUGACGUGGAAGAGGCUGCAAGGGUAGCAAGCCUCGAGGUGGACUGGCAGACAAGCAAAUGGGGUGAGGUAGAGGAUACUCAUGAUGUGGAAAAGGUUGAUCUACGUCGCCAGCUGGGAAGUGUGGUGUUGCUGGUGUCAGGGACUGGACCAAGAUAGAACUUCACACUGUAGAGAGGCCAACAUGGAGACAUCCAUGCAAGAUACUCCCAGAUCAUG